CCGCCUGCUUCCUGCUCAUCCCAAACAAGCUCACGUAAACAUCACUGCUGCUGAUGGCCGCUGCCGCCACCCAAGGAGCCGUGAGAGUUCGUUUCGUUAGCGACGAUGAUGUUAUUGAACACAUAUACAACCUCUCGGAUGCGAGCAAGAGGAAGAAAAAAGUUGCAGUGAAGGAGUCUGUAGCAGAGCCGUCUCUGACCAAUGAGUCGCCUAUGGUUGCCGGUGUGCAGCAGGAAGAGGCACCAGUUCCCAUAGGUCUUCAUGCCACCAGUGACACACUAACGGGACGCCAAGUGUUCAAUCUCACUUGCACACCAAAAGCCAAACAUGUGGUUAAGGCUGCUUCGAGGACACCGAGCAGGGAGCAGAGGAAAGGCUCCUGCAGUACGCCUGUUGCCCCGAAAUCACCUUACUCGCUGAGAAAAAAGAUCAAGCAGAAAUUGUCGAAGAUGAAGAAUGAAGCGGAAACAUCUUCUGGUGACUCGGACAGUGAACACUCAUCUGGAGAUGACAAGGACGAAGAAAGCGAUAAGACUGACCUCGGCAAGUACAGUAGCUACUUUACCAGUAACUCACGGUCAAAGACUUCCAACCACACACUGACCAAGCUUGGCAGGCCUGUAAUGGCACCAGAUGAGAUUAACAGCAUGUUGGAAAAGGUGAAUGACCCCCAUGUCAAGCACCGGGCAAGGCUGCUCUCAAACUACCACUCCUCCUUUGCACACUGGCUGGCACUCUUAAGGGAAGGCUUCACAAUCCUCCUUCAUGGGCCUGGCUCAAAACUUAAACUUCUACAAAAGUUCAAGGAAGCUGUGCUGGCAGACUUUGCGAGUGUCACUGUCAAUGGAUUCAACCCUUCGUUAUCCUACACAGAGAUUCUUCACAGCAUCCUGCAGUGUAUCCCAAGUGGCGAUGCUGUGCAAUUUCUUGGAUCAGCUCUGGUGAAUCACAUAGUUGAACAUUUCUCAAGAAAUGAUGCUGAGGACACUUUCAUUCUUAUCAACAACAUUGAUGGUUUGGGCCUGAGGAGUGCAAAAGUCCAGGAAAUACUCUCCACGCUUUCAACAGCUCGUCACAUUCACAUAAUUGCUUCAGUGGAUCACAUCAAUGCUGCCUUAUUGUGGAAUCAAGAGACUUCACGGAGGUUCCGAUUCGUGUGGAUCAAUGCAACAACGUUCGAACCUUAUGCUCUGGAAUCCAGCCUGGAGCCCCUCAAGAGCUCUGCCUCCAACGCACUCAGUUCACUGAAGCACGUAUUCUGCAGUUUGACUCCAAAUGCACGCAAGAUAUUCCUCCUCAUUGCAAGACAUCAGCUUGACAACACAGAGUCACCAUCAUAUGCAGGAAUGUCUUUUCAUGACUGUUACCACCGCUGCCGGGAGGCUUUCCUUGUCAACAGCGACCUCACACUUCGAGCCCAACUGAGGGAGUUCCUUGACCACAUGUUGCUCAAGAUCAAGAAGGGUCACGAUGGCACAGAAAACUUGCUGAUUCCCAUCGAGGCUGCAGCCCUGAUGCUAUUUCUUGACCAGCAAGAAGAAGAUGGCACCUUCUAAGUGGAGGCCAUUGAGUUUACUCUCCAAAGCACGCUUUUAUGUGUUGCUUAUAUAAAUCUUGCGCAUUGUACAUAGUGGUUUGUAAAAUAAAAUCUUGCUAAUGCUGUGAUUUACUCUUUUUACAUUGAAAGCCAAUAAAUUGUAUUUU